GCUGUUUAAAACAAAGUUCAUUUUUCAAGCAGCAUUGCAUCAGAAUUGCCACAUGAAAACCAGCUUAAGAAACCUACAGCAGCUUUAUUUUUUUUUAGAACAAGGGGAAUACACAAACUUGAAACAUGAGUUCGGAUACCAGCCAAGAAGUGGUUACUACCCCUCCUCCUCCCAGCAUGCCUCACAAAGAGAGAUACUUUGACCGGAUUAAUGAAAAUGAUCCGGAAUACAUUCGGGAGAGAAAUAUGUCUCCUGAUCUACGACAAGACUUCAAUAUGAUGGAGCAGAGGAAACGAGUUACUCAGAUUCUGCAGAGUCCUGCCUUUCGGGAAGACCUGGAAUGUCUUAUUCAAGAACAGAUGAAGAAAGGCCACAACCCAACUGGAUUACUAGCAUUACAACAGAUUGCAGAUUAUAUCAUGACCAAUUCUUUCUCGGGCUUUUCUUCACCUCCUCUGAGUCUUGGCAUGGUCACACCUAUUAAUGACCUUCCUGGUGCAGAUACAUCCUCAUAUGUGAAAGGAGAAAAACUUACUCGUUGUAAACUUGCCAGCCUGUACAGACUUGCAGAUUUAUUUGGAUGGGCACACCUGGCAAACACAUACAUCUCAGUAAGAAUAAGUAAGGAGCAAGACCACAUUAUAAUAAUUCCCAGAGGCCUAUCUUUUUCUGAAGCCACAGCUUCCAAUUUGGUGAAAGUCAAUAUAAUAGGAGAAGUGGUUGACCAGGGAAGUACUAAUUUGAAAAUUGACCAUACAGGAUUCAGUCCCCAUGCUGCAAUCUAUUCAACACGUCCUGAUGUUAAGUGUGUGAUACACAUCCACACCCUUGCCACAGCAGCUGUAUCCUCCAUGAAAUAUGGGAUCCUUCCAAUUUCUCAAGAGUCCCUUAUCCUGGGAGACGUCGCCUACUAUGACUACCAAGGGUCACUUGAUGAACAGGAGGAGAGAAUCCAACUGCAGAAAAUUCUGGGGCCAAGUUGUAAGGUGCUGGUACUCAGGAAUCAUGGAGUGAUAGCACUUGGAGAAACAGUUGAAGAGGCUUUUCAUUAUAUUUUUAAUGUGCAGAUAGCCUGUGAGAUUCAGGUGCAGGCAUUAGCAGGCUCAGGUGGAGUAGACAAUCUACUUGUCCUGGAUCUUCAGAAGUAUAAAGCUUUCACUCACACUGUAGCAGCAGUGGGAGGAGGAGGUGUAAACAUGGGUUCCCAGCAGAAAUGGAAGGUUGGAGAAGUUGAAUUUGAGGGGCUGAUGAGGACUCUGGAUAAUUUGGGCUAUAGAACAGGCUAUGCUUAUAGGCACCCUCUCAUUCGAGAGAAGCCUCGACACAAGAGUGAUGUGGAAAUCCCAGCAACUGUGACUGCUUUUUCCUUUGAAGAUGAUACAGUGCCCCUCUCUCCUCUCAAGUACAUGGCACAGAGGCAGCAGCGUGAGAAAACUCGAUGGCUGAACUCACCCAAUACAUACAUGAAAGUGAAUGUGCCUGAGGAGUCCCGCAAUGGGGAGACGAGCCCCAGGACCAAAAUCACGUGGAUGAAAGCAGAGGAUUCUUCUAAAGUUAGUAGUGGAACGCCUAUCAAAAUUGAAGAUCCCAACCAGUUUGUUCCUUUAAACACAAACCCAAAUGAGGUUCUAGAAAAAAGAAACAAGAUUCGAGAGCAGAACCGGUAUGACUUGAAAACAGCAGGACCACAGUCUCAGUUGCUUGCUGGAAUUGUUGUGGAUAAGCCUCCAUCUACGAUGCAGUUUGAAGAUGAUGAUCUUGGCCCACCGGCUCCUCCUAACCCAUUUAGUCAUCUCACAGAAGGAGAACUGGAAGACUAUAAGAAGACAAUCGAACGGAAACAACAAGGCCUAGAAGAUGCUGAGCAGGAAUUACUCUCAGAUGACGCUUCAUCUGUUUCACAAAUUCAGUCUCAAACUCAGUCACCGCAAAAUGUCCCUGAAAAAUUAGAAGAAAACCAUGAGAUAUUUUCCAAGAGCUUCAUCUCCAUGGACGUGCCCGUCAUGGUAGUAAAUGGCAAGGAUGAUAUGCAUGAUGUUGAAGAUGAGCUUGCUAAUCGAAUGAGUAGAUUGACUACAAGUACGACCAUAGAAAACAUCGAGAUUACCAUUAAGUCUCCAGAAAAAAUUGAAGAAGUCCUGUCACCUGAUGGCUCACCUUCAAAAUCACCAUCCAAGAAAAAGAAGAAAUUCCGCACUCCUUCUUUUCUGAAAAAGAACAAGAAAAAGGAGAAAGUUGAAGCCUAACGUAUUUUUAUAAUUACUACAAUGUGACAUUGCACAUUUAAAUACCACACUUAAAUUGAUCAUUAAUAUACAGUGGUAGAUCAGAUUGGGGGUAUGUAGCAAACUGGACUUUAAGAACUGGAAGAGGUUUUACUAAAAGAAAAAUACGGGAAAAAAACCUUUGAAAUUCAUCUCUUUUUAUAUGUCCAAAAAUGGGUUUAAAUUUUUAAACAGUUGUUUUAAUUAGCUCUGCUGUCAUGAAGUAUUAUUAUAGUUCACCACAAACGUAUCUGUCUGAAUUACUUCAGGACUUCGUAAUAUCUGUUCAAAAGAAACUGCUAAGGAAUAAGUGAGAAUAUUUUAUUUCUCCACACCUGCUUCAGUUAAUAAUCAGAUUAUGAUGUUUUAUUAUGAUUAUUGACUAUCUUUUUGGGUCCCCAUUUUUUCAAUGGGCAUUAAUGGAAUGCUUUAAAAGCUUCUAAGAUAAAAAAUCUAUAGCGUUAGUAUACACUGGCACAUAAUUUUUUAAAAAGUUUUAAGAAAAGAUUUGUUUGGAGUUUUACUCAUAGUAUAAAAUUUCCUCACCUGAAGUAACUUCAUUUGCCAAAAAAAUGACCAUUUUAAUAAACUAUAAUUUUUGAAAACUUUUUUUAUUAGUUUAGAAAGCCCCUUACUUUUCAACAAAGGGGAUUUUGUACACAUAACAUGGGUUAUUUAGUUUAACUCUGGCAAAAACAAUUUUUGUAUGUUGAGAUGUUUGUAUACCAUUCAGUAUAAAAGUCAUAUGCAUAUUAGCCAAUCAUUUAAUGGUAGAGCACAUUUGAGACUGCUUGGUACUAAGUAGACUUAAAUAUAAGUCAGGAAUCCAGGGACUUGGUAUCAGAAGGGGUGAGAGCAUAUUAAAGGUAUAUCUAGAUUCAUAUUUGGAUCUUACAAUGUAUUUGUCUCUUAGUUUCUAAUGAAUGGAGAAAAUCUCAUUUGAGAAUCAGUUCUCAAAUGAGAAGUAAAAGAGUGAAAGAGAAAGUGGAAAACUAAGGGAACAAAAGAUGAGAUGUGAAAAGAAGUUUUGUUGAAUAAGAACUCCUAGUCAUGAUAGACUGUGUAGCGUGAUUUAUUGAAAACAGGUCCCAACUUUCUAAAAUCCUUCUUCUCUGCCCAAAUCAGUACCUUGGUGGAUAUUUGAGUUCUAAAAGUUGUUUAUCUUUAGAGUACAGCACUAGAAGAAAUCAGUAGGUCUAAUCCCUAAGAAAACUACCACUUCUUGAUUUUUACAAUUUUUUUUAAUCUUUUCAGUUAACUUUCUAAUGUAAAUACAAAUUUAACCUAGACCUAACAUAGUUUUCCCCUUUUUCCUAAGUGAUGUCACAAAUCAGUGUAAACUCAAAGAUCCCAGAUGGUCAACAGGUAAAAAUAAUCCCAAGUAUCCUGAAGGGUGAGGCGCAGGCAAGAAGUUCCGCUGAGCACGGGAUGUUCGGGCUGGUUCUGUCCGUCUGUGCGCGCUGCAGCGCUGAAACGCAGCCUGGAAACGGCGCUCUCGGUCUCACUGACUACUGGAAUCAGUGUUCUAAUCUCUCAGUGGAAACUUUCCAUUGCUGACCUGUGUAUUUGAGGAUUAUUUUAUGUUUUACAUCGUUUAUGUUGUAUUACAACGUAUGUAGAAACAGUAACCUGUGAACUAUGCCUUUCCAUAACUUUUUAAAAAUAUCUAUAUCUAAAUGAAUGCAAUGUGCAUAAAUAUUUUUUAAAGCAACCGUAAACUAUUGCACCUUUUGCUAAUGCCUAUAUUUACUUGCUUUGACAUAAUGAAUGAGCCAAUGAACUUCUGUGUCCUGUGGAAAAAUGUAUAAAUGUUAUCUGAUAUUGCUCUUAGGUGUUAUGCUAAUUAAUGUUAAAUCACAAAUAAACAGUAUUUUAAGUAUA